AUGGCUGAUACUAACAUUUCUUCAUCCGUCCCUCCGGCCGUCGGCGCGCACGACUCUCACGCGAACCCUCUUCCUUUCUUAGACCACGCAUCCGAAUUGGAUCAGAACGCGAAACUCACCUACGAGGUUCUGCAACUCAUCGAGUCUGGGAAGUCUGCGUUCACGCUGUUCACUCGUUCGAAUGAGAUAGAACACAUUAAGAGCGCCAUAGAUGCGCAGCGACAGGCUGUAGACCUGUUGCAUGAGGAUCAUCCUCGGAGACUCGAACUGCUUCGUGAUCUGAACCGGUCUAUACAGGCACGGUUCGUGCACCUGAUAACGACACUUGGAGAUGGGGAUAUGGAGCGCUUGAUAGUGAUUCGAGGACGUAUCGCUGACCUCCCCUCGGAGUGGACGUCAGAGCCAGUCCUGGAACGGCUGAUAGAGUUCGCGAUCUCUCUGUGGUCUCAGUUUGGUCGGUUUGGAAGGCUCGAGGACCUUCAAGAUGCCAUCAUCCUAGAGAAGCAUAUCGUCGAACUCACGCCCGAGGGUCAUACUGAGUGGCCUGAACGGCUCAGAAAUCUCGCCAUCUCUCUGAAAACACGCUUCCGACGUCUCGGACAACUGAAGGACCUCGAGGACGCCAUCGCCGCACACAGACUCGUCCUUGAUCUCACACCCGAGGAGCAUUUCAAGCGGCCUGAACGGCUCAGGGACCUCGCCAUCUCUCUGCACAUCCGCUCUGAACGUCUUGGAAAAUUAAAGGACCUUGAGGACACCAUUGCCGUAAACAGACUGGUCCUUGAUCUCACGCCCGAGGAUCAUUCCCAGCGGCCUGAACGGCUUAGAGACCUCGCCAUAUCUCUGAAAACACGCUUUCAACGCCUCGCUAGUCUGAAGGACCUCAAAGAUGCCAUUGCCGCACACAGAUUGGUCCUUGAACUCACACCCCAGGAUCAUUCCGAGCGUUCUGAACGGCUCAGAGACCUCGCCAUCACUCUGCAUGCCCGUUACAUACGUCUCGGCGAACUAAAUGACCUCGAGGACGCCAUUGCCGCGGAAAGACUGGUCCUUGAUCUCACACCCGAGGACCAUUCUGAGCGGCCUGAACGGCUCAGAGACCUCGCAAUCUCUCUGCACACCCGCUUUCACCAUCUCGGUGAGCUGAAGGACCUCGAGGAUAGCGUCGCUGCAAUCAGACAGGUCCUUGAUCUCACGCCCGAGGAUGAUUCCGAGCGGUCUGAACGGCUCAAAGACCUUGCUAUCUCUCUGCACACCCGCUUUCAACGACUUGGCGAGCUGAAGGACCUCGACGACGCAAUCGCCACAAACAGACUCGUUCUUGAUCUCACGCCUGAGGACCACCCAGACAGAGCCACCAGACUACAUGUUUUGGGCCUUUCCCUAAAGGUUCGAUUCCAACAGAGCCAGAACAAGCGAAACUUUGACCUCGCAUUCGAGUGCUUCAUGGAUGCAACGACAUUGUUGGUAGGAAAGCCGUCCAUACGUUUGGAUUCGGCACUUGAAUGCAUAAAGCUCUUGUCCGACUACCCUGACUUCGGUUCUACGGAGUCGUUACUCGAUGCGCAUGCGCACAUCAUUCGAAUCUUUCCAGAAAUCGUAUGGCUUGGUCACGGAAUCGACCGACGUCUGGAGGAGUCCGCUAGAUUAGGGAAUAUGGUGAACGCUGCCGUCGCUGCAUUCGUUGACUCUCGCUCGAGAUACCAGGCCAUAGAAUGGAUGGAGAUUGGAAGGUCACUCGUCUGGUCGCAACUAUUAUCAUUGCGCGAGCCUCUUGACGCACUGAAGGAGAAGCACCCACGACUCGCAGAGGACCUCGAGAAGGUUUCGUUAGCGUUACAAAACUCCACGAACGAGUCUCGACCAACAUCGCACAGGUCCUAUGGCCCGGAUAGUCAGAUGCAUGAUACGGCGAACACACUGCAUGGCGCCGAUCAUACAAUUUGGAAGGACAUCGUAACUGCGACGUCGGAAGACACUCACCGAACGCUCGCGAUUCAGUACGAUCACCUAUUGAAAGAUGUAAGAGCGAAGGAAGGGUUCCAGAACUUCUUACGUCCUCCGAGCCUCAUCAGCCGUAUGCCAAUCAUCGAGGGUCUCGACGGACCAGUCGUCUUUAUUAACGUACACACUGUGUGUGAUGCAUUGGUGCUCUUCCCAAAUGGCGCCGUCAGACAUAUUCCGCUUCCUGACCUGACCGCCGGUGGGGUUCGUAACUUGCGUUCCGCAUGGGCAAAGCAUCUUCAGUCGCCCAACGUGCGCACGCGUGCAAUGACUCCGGUCGAUAGAGUUUUCUCAAACGGACGUGUGAACGUGUUCGAGAUUGUGCUAUGGAAGAUCUGGACCUGGAUCGUGCGUCCUGUUCUUCAAGCCUUGAACUUCAUUGAAAGACCCUCCGAAGGGCUCUUGCCGCACAUCACUUGGUGUCCCACUGGAUCACAACGUGUCUUCGACUAUGUUGUCUCAUCCUAUACGCCAUCUCUCGCUGCUCUCCUGCGCUCACGGCAGAGCUCAAGUAUGGCAUCUAACACGGAGCCCAAGAUUCUGGCCAUCGCACAACCAGAAACUCCUGGGUAUAUGCCACUCCCUCACACACGAGAUGAAUACGAGCGACUAAGAGCAGUCCUGUCUGGAUCUGAGCCUACUGCGUUGAUCGGAACAGAUGGGACCGUAGAGCGAACCGUCACCGAGAUGCGCAGCCACCCAUGGGUGCACUUUGCCUGCCAUGGCUAUCAAAGGGCGAAGGAUCCGCUUCAGAGCGCUUUCGCGCUCGACGAUGGGCCGCUGACUUUGUCCCAGUUGAUGGGGACAGCAGCGAAAGAUGCCGAGCUUGCGUUCCUUUCUGCUUGCCAGACCGCGGUCGGGGACGAGAACAAUCCCGAGGAGUCGAUGCAUCUCGCGGCGGGUAUGCUUGCUGUCGGGGUCAAAGGCGUUGUGGCAACGAUGUGGUCGAUCGAGGAUAGGGACGCGCCCAUCAUCGUCGAGGCGUACUACAAGAAGCUCCUCGAGCUCCGGAAAGCGGGCGCUAUCGCGAAGGGAUACACGGGUGCAGCAUACGCGCUGCACGAGGCGACGAGGGUGUUGAGAGAGCAUGUUGGCGAGGGUAACUUUGUCAGAUGGGCUCCUUUCGUGCACUUCGGUGUCUAG